UGGAAAGAAAAAUGAACCCGACCGAAUUGUUCAUUGUGUUUCUUGCGAUUUAGUGAAUUUAUUUAAUUUCCCUGUGCAAAAACAUUUUCUCUAUUCUGUCCUCGAAUUGUGAUGAUGUUAAUUUGAAAGUGUUUCAUCAAAUAUUCAUCCCGAUGUUGAGCAUAAACAAGUUCCGAUGUAGGGUAGUCGCGUCUCACACAAGGAUCAUCAAGGCUCGGAUUCCUAAGAAAGCUUCAAACUAUUUUGAAGCUUUCGAGGCCGUAUUCAUGGAACUAUGAACCUGGACUCAUUAUAUUUCUCUUUGUCACAGAUAAAAUAUCUUAUCGCCAACUUGAACAAGAAAAACUAUAAGCUUAGCGUCCAAGAAAUCAACCAUUUGGUUGCGAGCCACGGACUAGAAGCCGACAGACAUUUAUUUCGGAGUUUGUUCUCCUUUGUCGAUCUAAGCUCGGACCCAAAUAAAAGUGUCCCCACUUACAAGGACUCUCUGCAGCUCCAAUUACUAUCGCAAGAGUGCUCUGCGUUACUGUCAAAACCAGCUCUUGUCUCAGUGCUCUGUUUCGCGUUUGACCAGCCUCUCAAUCGCAACAAGGCCUUGAAACCAUCCGGCCAGCUUUUUCCUCAGCUGAGUAAGGUACUGAAACUCACACCUGUUGAAGAAGUGGUUUUUGCGUUAACGCUUUUGAACUCUUCCAAUCAAGAGACUGUGUUUCAUGCUACUCAGUUUGUCAAAUUGAAGUUACCGAACUUGUUGCGAUCUUACAUCAACUCAGCCGAUUCAAACCGAAGCUCGGGGGACGGUGGAUUGAGUGACGCAACUCCGGAAGUCCUUCAUCUUAUACUGAGCAACCUUUUCUCCACUCCUGACGAUUAUUUUGGCGUGAGUGGUGAGACCAAAGAAGUUCUGGUUAAAAAUUUACGCCGUGACUUUCCUCGUGAGCUGGUGCCCAUCGUGCUUGCUCCGUUGAUCUACCCAAAUUCCACAGAUUUGCUUAUGGAUAAAAUUAAUCAAGAGCCGACCUCCUUAACCAAUGCAAUGUUGGAAAAUUCGUUAGCAGAUACAAUGCUGGAGGUGGGUUACAGCUGGACAGAAAAUCUAGAAGGAUGUCGAGAAAGGCUGUCCAGCAUGGCUGGCGAAAUCAAACCUGGUGUCGUCGCGAGGGUUCUGGGUAUGAUGGCGAGAUCGCAUACAGGACUGCCAUCAUCUCUCUGGCCCUCGGAAACAGACAAGCCUGACCAACCUCCACUGAACACAUGGAAUGUCGAUGUCUUUGUCCAAGCCCUCAAAGAAGUUGCCCCCAAUUUGCUAUGGCCUGAAGUUAUACGAGAACUAGACUACCCAGAUUUUCUCAUCAAGGAUAGGAGAGGCCUCAGUCUCGUCAUUACAGCCCUUAGGUUAGGAUUACAGUCUCAAGGAUUUCCCCUCGAAAGGUUUCCUGUUGAGCUGUUCUAUCGGCCGUGGAAGUAUGCUGAAUGCCAGUUUUCUCUCCUGAAACAAAUUCUCAAAAACUCAGAUGUGUUCUGUUUUGCUGACUACCCGUCACGGACAGUACCCAUUGAAUCUCUGAAGUCUCCUCCUGAAAGUGACAACAAAGAAAUUGCCUCUUGGUGCUGUGUGGAUUUAGUAGAAACAAUUUUACAACUCGCUGAAAGAGGUCUGUUCAAUCAAGUGCAAGACCUCCUCAAGAUGCCGAUGCAAAUCUGUCCAGACAUUUUAACCCUAGCAAUCCUACAUGGAAACCUACCCAUCACCCCGUUCCGGCAAGAGCUUUUGUCAAAUCUCAUGCCAAUAUUCUUCAGCAACCAUCCUAAUUCUGCGAUGAUCCUGCAUCAUGCGUGGCAUUCUCAGAGUAUGUCUGUAAAACAAAUCAUCAUGCAUGCAAUGGCUGACUGGUACUUACGGGGAGAUCAUGACCAGGCUCGGCUUUCUAGAAUAUUGGACGUGGCUCAGGAUUUAAAGGCAUUAUCUCUCCUUCUAAACGCACAAUCGUUUCCUUUUGUGAUUGAUCUGGCCUGCUUAGCAUCUCGCAGAGAGUACCUCAAAUUAGAAAAGUGGUUGAACGAUAAAAUCAGGGAGCAUGGAGAAACAUUUUUGACUGCCUGCGUGAACUUCUUGCAGAGGAAGGUAGCUUUUAUUUUUGGAGGACCUCUGAAGGAUGAAGCUCCGAAGUCUGCCCAGUUACCUCAUGAAACGCUAAGCACCAUCAUAACAACACUACAAAAAUACGCAGGGACUGUUUCGCAAGAUCUCUCCGACGCGAUCAUGCAGAUUGUUUCCAACUCAGCGAUGUUGCUCUGCAAGCCAAGGCAGCCUCCACCUGGAGUAAUCAGAUCUCAUCAACAAGCUUUCACGCAGGGUGCACUUUUCCAAGCCACCCCUCCAGAAUCGAUCGCCUCCCUUAGUUCCUCUUUAGCAGGCAUCAGCCUCUCAGCUCCUCCAUCUAGUACUGCGUUUAGUUUGCCAGGUGCACUAGGACCAUUAGUAUCGAACCCAGGAUCCCCAUCCCGGCUGAUACCACCCUCUCAAAACUCGCCGUACCUUCCCCAUCUCCCACAACUAUCUGGACCAGUAGGGACACCAACACCGUCAAUAUUGCCCAAUGUAGGAGUUGGAAGCAUAAAUAGGGUCAGCACUCAAUCUACCGACAAAACCAAGCUGAGUGAUUCAACAAAUUUAUACCCAGAAAUCAGUCCUCCCGUCUCAAAAGAUAUAGAAGAUGAAGCCAACAGCUAUUUCCAAAGAAUUUACAAUCAUCCACCGCACCCAACUCUUUCGAUUGAAGAAGUUCUCGAAAUGCUCAAGAAAUUCAAAGAUUCUCAAAACCCUCGAGAAAGGGAAGUCUACACGUGUAUGUUGCGCAACCUGUUUGAAGAGUACAAAUUCUUCCCGCAGUACCCGGACAAAGAACUUCACAUCACCGCUCAAUUGUUCGGAGGCAUUGUUGAACAAUGUUUAGUUGCGAACUACGUUGCUCUUGGGCUUGCUCUUAGAGUUGUUUUAGACGCUCUGAAGAAACCGCACGGAAGCAAGAUGUAUUAUUUCGGAAUAGUAGCCCUUGACCGAUUUAAGUCUCGUCUGAAAGAAUUCCAGAAAUAUUGCGAGCAUAUUUCUAGCAUACCUCACUUCAAUGAAUUUCCUCCACAUCUGAUAGAGUACAUUGAGUAUGGCAAACAGUCGGAAGAACCGCCGAACCAUCCAACCGGACCAGUGAUACCGCCGCCUCUUGCCGGGUUGAUGACAACCAUUGCUGCAGCAUCUUUCAAAACGAUGACAGCCACGACAACCACUGCCACUAUCACAACUGCUGCAUCCAUCAAAGCUGCCAGCUCUUCAGUGCUUUCAACAAGACCAUCAAUCGCAAAUGCCACCAACAUUGAUACACUUCUAGUCGCAACAGAAAAAGACGACAAAAUCGUUGCUCCUCCCGAAACAAUGCAAGACAAAGUAGCCUUCAUUUUCAAUAACUUAAGUCAGCUGAACCUGCAGACAAAGUGUGAUGAACUGCACGAUGUUCUUACGGAAGAAUAUUGGACGUGGAUGGCGCAGUACCUAGUCAUGAAGCGUGCUAGUAUUGAGUUGAACUUUCAUGUACUGUAUUCCAAUUUCUUGGAUGUUUUUAAGGUGCCCAAAGUCAAUGAAAUGGUGCUCAAGGAAACCCAUCGAAACAUUAAAGUUUUACUGCGAAGUGACAAAGGUAUUGCAAACUUUUCAGAUCGUUCUCUACUGAAAAAUCUUGGCCACUGGCUAGGUAUGCUGACCCUGGGUCGUAACAAACCCAUCCUUCAAGUUGAUCUAGACAUCAAGUCUCUUCUCGUCGAGGCAUACCAGAAAGGACAGCAAGAAUUGCUUUAUGUUGUCCCGUUCAUAGCAAAAAUCCUCGAGUCUUGCAGUAAAAGCAAAGUUUUCAAGCCUCCUAAUCCGUGGACCUUAGACCUGAUGAACGUCCUAGCUGAACUUCACCAAGAGGCUGACCUCAAAUUGAAUCUCAAGUUUGAAAUAGAAGUCUUAUGCAAAAACCUGUCCCUUGAUGUGGCGGAAUUGAAACCUGGAACUUAUUUGAAAGACCCAGAGGUUGUCAAACGGAUCGAACAGCAACUGUCCUCCGGCCCAGCAAAGAAACCAGAGCCACCUGUUCCUCCGGCCACCAUGUUGCAAACCAACAUACCUCCUCCAACAGCAAUACCUACACCAGUAACUGCAGAAGAAGUUGUGCACGCACAGCUAGAGUCAGCGAGAGCCCCCUCUGUCACCCCUCUCAUGGCCCCACCGCCUGUUUCCUCGCCCACUCCGAUGCCCAUAAUGACUCCACCUGUCGAGCCAAGAUUCAACUACAACAGCUUGAGCGUCUCCGUAUCUGCAGCCAUUGAAAGACAUUGCAUCUUCAAUCCUCAACUAGCGUUAUUCCAAGCUUAUCCAGGCCUGAAAGGAAUGGUGCGGCAGGUUGUAGAAAGAGCUGUGCAGGAACUCAUUCAUCCGGUCAUGGAACGAUCUAUCAAAAUAGCUGUGACAACCGCAGAGAUAAUCGUUAAGAAGGAUUUCGCCUUGGAUCCGGAAGAAGCACGAAUGCGAGCCGCAGCCCAUCAUAUGGUGAGAAACCUAACCGGUGGAAUGGUUAUGAUUUCAUGCCGUGAUCAACUUCUACUGACCAUUGUCAAUGGCCUCAAAACCGCUCUUACCACGGCUUUAUCUGGUGCUACUGCUCAGCAGAAAGAACUCAUCGAACACACCGUCACUGUCUGCGCUCAGGAAAACAUGGAAUUGGCUUGUGCUAUUAUUCAAAAAACAGCAAUGGAAAAAGCCCUAGUUCAGAUGGACAAACAUCUAACUACAGAGUAUGAAAGGCGGAAACUUGCCAGAAAUGAAGGCCGCCGCUAUUGUGACCCUCAAGUCUUGACUUAUCAAGCAGAACGCAUGCCUGAACAAAUUAGACUCAAAGUUGGUGGAGUGACAAACCAACAAAUGGCUGUGUAUGAGGAAUUCUUCCGCAAUUUACCUGGUUUCCAAACCAUCUCAGACCGUGAAGUGUCAUUAUAUGUACCAAGACCAGACACUAUGUUUUUACUCUCUGCCUAUCAGAACAAUGGAUCAUCACAAGUUGUACCACCAAUGCCCUACAAUGUGUCGGAUGAAGUAGGCCCUGUCUAUGAUAAGCUUGUUAGCGACAUAGAUGCCUACGUCUCCGCUGUUAUAAGCUCGCAAGGAGCUAUGUCAAGCUGUCAGGUUAGCAAUAUGCACAACGUCCUGGAAGCCUUGAUGAUUGUCCGCCGCUCACGUGAACCUGUCUCUGCCAUUCAGUUGAUUCAAAAAUGCGUUGAAGGGCUCCUUGAUAACCUUGCUCCCAUCCCCAACGACCAAGAGCUUGCCAUUCGCUACCGUGAACUGCACUUGCGAGUCCUCAAAACUCUGCAAGAUCAACGUGCAUUUGGACCUCAGUGGACAAGCAAGUAUGUUACGAAGUGUCUCAUGGAAUGCCGUGAAGAAUUCAAGUACAACCUUGAAGCUAUUGAUGUUUUGGUGCGCUCUCAUCUUGUCAACAUCCCCCAGUAUGACUUGCAUGUGGCACAGUCAAUGGACAAUGGCCUCAACUACGUGGCUGUUGCCUUUGCAAUGCAGUUGGUCCAACUGUAUCUUGUGGAUGACCGAAAUAACGGCUUUAUUAGCGACCAGGACUUAGUCAACACGAUUGAGGUUCUCAUACGAAUUGCAGCUCAUUCCAGGCAGCCACCAGAAGGACUCACCACUCUAAUUGAAAUUCUGCGCUCGAAUCAUGAUCAAUCACUUCUGCCGGAGAGACUUCAUGCAGGGCCGACAUCUCAUAUUCACUCAGGCAUUUUGCAAGUUCAGGCCCGUGACUUCGAAGACCCACCGGACCUGUAUGAAAAAACCGAAUUCUUACUCAGAGAGUGGGUAUCAAUCAUCAAUAGCCCCAAUAACAAAGAGCCACCGUCAAAGGCAUUCAGCAUGUUCGUUCACCAAAUGAAUGUUCAAGGUAUCCUAAAAACAGACGAUCUGAUCACAAGAUUUUUCAGAUUAAGCACAUCGAUGGUCGUUGAGUUGAGCUACCGUCUGCUGUCUGAACAAACCGUUACAACCUCUGGUCAGAUUCGUCUCAAAAUCUAUCACACCCUUGAUGCAUAUGUUAAGCUAAUCGCCAUGCUCGUCAAACACUCAGGUGACACCCAGAAUACACAAACCAAAAUUAACCUUCUGAACAAGGUCUUAGGUAUCAUUGCAGGAGUUUUACUGCAAGACCACGAGUCGCAUCAUUCUGAUUUCCAACAGCUCCCUUACCAUCGAAUCUUCAUCAUGCUUUUCUUAGAAUUGAACUCUGCUGACCCAGUAUUGGAAGCGUUCAACUUCCAAAUCCUAACAGCAUUCUGUCACACUUUGCACAUAUUACGCCCUGCCAAAUCACCAGGCUUUGCAUACUCAUGGCUGGAACUUAUUUCCCACCGUGUCUUCAUCGGGCGUUUGCUGCAGAUAACGCCGCAGCAGAAAGGCUGGGGUCUCUAUGCUCAACUUCUCAUGGAUCUAUUUAAGUUUUUAGCGCCAUUCCUGCGUAAUGCCGAGCUUGCCAAACCUGUGACAUUCAUGUACAAAGGCACACUGCGUGUGCUGCUCAUCUUGCUUCAUGAUUUCCCAGAAUUCUUGUGCGACUAUCAUUACGGUUUCUGCGAUGUUGUACCCCCCAACUGUAUCCAGAUGCGAAACUUGAUAUUGUCUGCUUUCCCUCGCAACAUGAGACUCCCUGAUCCGUUUACACCUAACCUAAAGGUAGACAUGCUCCAAGAGAUUGCUCAUGCCCCUCGCGUAUCACCAAACUUUGCCAGCAUGAUUCAACCAUUAACUUUCAAGAAAGACCUUGACUCUUACCUGAAAGCACGCGCCCCUGUCACCUUCUUGUCGGAACUUCGUAGCAACUUGCAAGUUUCAAAUGAACCAGGUGUUCGCUACAACAUCUCACUAUUGAAUGCGCUUGUUUUGUAUGUUGGCACCCAAGCAAUUUCGUUCAUCCGUGGUAAAGGCCUCAGCCCAAACAUGUCAACGAUAGCUCACUCAGCUCACAUGGACAUCUUCCAAAACUUGGCUGUUGAUCUAGACACAGAAGGCAGGUAUUUAUUCCUGAACGCAAUUGCAAACCAGUUGAGGUAUCCAAAUAGUCACACACACUAUUUCAGCUGCACGUUGCUGUACUUAUUCCACGAAGCAAACACAGAAGCAAUCCAGGAACAGAUCACACGCGUACUGCUGGAACGGCUCAUCGUGAACAGACCUCAUCCAUGGGGUCUAUUGAUAACAUUCAUCGAAAUGAUUAAAAACCCAACAUACAAGUUUUGGAAUCAUGAGUUUGUCCAUUGCGCACCUGAAAUCGAGAAACUUUUUGAAUCUGUCGCUCGAUCGUGCAUGGUCCAGAAAGCUGCAGGACCGGAACGAGAAAACGAGAUGCCUGAAAUGUGAAACGAACCAUUUCAGGCACUGACACUUAGUGUUGCAUAGAUCUUCGCCAACUCACAAUCUUGUCUACACUUCACACAAGCAUGUCUCGACUCCGACUAACAUUCAUCUAUCAUUGUACGUGUUUCAGCUGUUGGAUUUUUAACCAAUUUUCAAAUAUCCCGUUUUUCCAUUAUUUGACUCCGGUCCAUUGCUAGAGAUUCGAUUAGAGGUAUCUAGAAUUAGAAGGGUUGAUUAAUUUUAAUUUAAACGCUCCGUUUUCUCUUUGUUUUUAUUAUACGUUUAAGUACCUAAGUCUAAUUGUGAUGGAUAAUGUUGUUUUUCUUGAGUUUAUUUCUUUUUUUAAUCCUUGUUUUUUUUCUGUAAAUACUUAUUAUUGUAGUAAGCUUUAUAUGUACCAGAACUAUUUUCGUGUCUCCUCUUUAUUUUUCUCCUAUUUUUUUCAUCUUUAUUUAUUCAUUCUGGUCAAAAAGGAAUUUUUUUGCCUGGACUAAGUCAAUUCAGUGUACAAUAGAGUCUCAAUCAAUGAAAUUUUUCCAUGCCCCUCUUUUUUUCUCCUUCCUCUCUCAAUUUUUAUGUGUACUCAAAUCAUGCUAUAGAAUUUUUUUUCUUUUUUUUUGUGUGUAAAUAAAUGAAUUUUUUUUCUAGUGUAUAGAAGUAAACAACGAUCGCUGUUUUCAAAUUCUGGGUCCCUUGCUAUUAUUUGCGAUAUUGCAUAUCAAAUCAAACGUGUGUGUACGUAAGUUUUUAGGAGGUUCCCAGUAUAUUUUAAGUGUGUAAAUUUCGGAAUUUUAACACCUCGAUCUCUCAGUUUUUUACCAUCUACAGUAAUUUAUCAAACGCACCUAAAUCUUUAGUAACAAAUGCUUUUGAAAGAUUUGUAGUUUUUAAUUUUAUUACUGCUUAGAAGUGUCAAGAGAAAGUUUUAGGUUCUGAAUUCUUUCUUUUUUAAGGAAUUCAAUGUUUCUUGAGCGUUGGGAUUAUAUUUUUUUAUAAUAUAAGAAAUGAAAGUAUUUUCCAAAAUCAACCGGCUGAAUUUUAUCGAAUGAAUUACCCGCAGAUUAUGCAUUGAUGUGAUGUGUAUAGAACUUUAUUGUGAUGUCUAGCGUUAAAAUAUCAUGUGAUAAUAAUUGUCCAUAGGUUUAUAUUUUUAUACAUUUUGCUCUUUCCUAUUUAUUGUUCAACGUGUAAAUUUUAAAUGUAAAAUGAGAUGUAAACAACAUUGUUUUCAAAGCUGAUUACUCCAAGUACUUAGUCGAACAAGGCAGUUAUUGUCACUGUUUAUUUUGUAAAAUGUACAUGAUUUUCCUUUUAAUUUUUCCUUUUAAUGAUUACGGAUUCAAAGUCUGAAUGAAAAUCUUAUUUUCCUAAGUAAUGUAACCUAAUGUGUUAAGUUUUAUCGUUUUGUAAAUUAUAUUACGUUGAAACAUACUCUGUGUAAAUAAAUUGAAUGAUAAUCAACUUUUAAA